AUGACCUGUCCUGCUGAGGCGGCCAGUCUGCGGCUGUACAUCUCCACUCCCACACUCAGGAUCCAGCCCCCGGCAGGCGAAGAUCGUGAAGCCCAAGGUGAGAGGUCAGACCUGUGCAAGUCUGGCACGGCCCAGGCUCUGCUGGCGAUAAACUCGGACUUCAAGGCCCAGCUCCCGGGGCUGAACAUCACGGCAGCUAAGGAUGAAGACGCUGGUGGUGUGGGAAAGCUUAUCUUCGUUGUUCCUGUUCCUCAAUGUGUCUUUCCCGAAGAUCCAAGUCCGGCUGGUACUGAGUUGGAGAAAAAGUUUAGCGAGAAGGUCGUUGUCCAUCACUCAGUUUCUGCCUCAGCCAACUCGAAAAAGCCGCAAAAGACAGAGAAAGCGUCCCAGGAGCCGCACUCUGGCCGCCACCCACGCGAUCCCGGGGGACCCGAUUUCCCCCGAGAGAAACUGGGCAAGAGCGCGGGCAGGGCCCUGGGCGGCCGCCGGCUGGCCGAGUUCACUACGGGACAGGCGCCGCGGGACAACGCGGAGCGCAAGGCUGAAACCUUGUCUGGUGUCUGCAAGAAGCAAGGAUGUUGGUUUUGA